AUAUUAACCUAUAGAACUUGGGAAUAAAUUGGUUGCUGUCACCCGCCAUGCCAAUUUUCGGACCCUUUGCCUUUGGUUGCUAAUGCUUAAUGUUGAUCUUCCUGAAAGAGGCAAAACUGACUAAAUUAUGAAAAAUAAGUCACCUACUUCGGGUUUCGUUAAUUAUAUGAUUGUUUGUUUAUAUCGGAGUCCUCUGAUAAACUUCGACAUCGGCUUUUCUUAUACCUUGUUGGUCUUUCCCAAGAAACAGAAAUUUUAAAAUGAUUAUUUGUAUGCGAAGUUUAUUGUCCCGUCGCUCAUUUGGUGCAGUUUUCAGAGACCACAGUCGUACACUUACUGUUUUAGGAAUCGAAACAUCCUGCGAUGAUACGGGAGUAGGAAUAGUGAAGCAAGAUGGAACGCGCGGGAAAAUUAUUGGCGAACAAUUAUUUUCUCAGCAAAAUAUUCAUACAAGAUUUGGAGGGAUUAUCCCGCCUAUAGCGAAAGAUCACCACAGGGAAAAUAUUGAUCGUGCCGUGAAAACUUGCAUAGAAAAGUCGCAGAUAACCAUGGAUGAGAUUGAUGCAGUUGCUGUAACUAACCGUCCAGGUCUUCCGAUGAGUCUAGAAAUUGGACUCCGAUAUGCCAAAUAUCUUUGCAGAAAGUUUUCUAAGCCGUUGAUCCCUAUUCAUCACAUGGAAGCACAUGCCUUAACAGCAAGGUUGGGUGAAAAUAUUCCCUUCCCAUAUAUGUGUUUAUUAAUUAGUGGUGGCCACUGCCAGCUAGUCAUUGUCAAAGGCGUAGAUAAGUUCUAUUUACUUGGUGAAUCGAUAGACGACGCACCUGGAGAGGCAUUUGAUAAGAUCGCGAGAAGAUUAAAGCUGCAGAACUUGCCGGAGUUCGAUGGCAUGAGUGGAGGUCGAGCGAUUGAAGUUGCAGCCUCACAAUCUGAAGAUCCUACUAAAUUUGAUUUCCCUCUUCCACUGGCGCGCUAUAGGGAUUGCCAAUUUAGUUUUGCUGGUCUUAAAAAUAAUGCACAGCGAUUAAUUAGCAAACUUGAACAGGAAAAUGAAACACGUCCGGAUGAAGUCAUUCCCGCCUACCGAGAAUUCUGCAGGGACUUUCUGGGAGCCAUAGCGAAACAUAUACGUCACAGAUUGCAACGUGGAAUUGAGUACUCUUUACAGGAAGGCCUGAUAUCGAAGGGUGACGUUCGAUCACUGGUUGUGGCAGGUGGGGUAGCCGCGAACGAUUUUAUAUUUCGUUCAUGCUCUGAAGUCGCAAAGCACUUCAACUUUGAAUCGUUUCGUGCUCCGAAACGGCUUUGUGCUGACAAUGGUGUUAUGAUUGCUUGGAACGGAAUUGAAAAGCUUAUAUCAGAACCAACAUUUUCUGCAAAUUUAGAAGAAGUAAACGUUAUCAAUAAAUGUAGCUUAGGAGAAUCUUUAAUAGAUAAAGUGGCAGCGGCAGAAUUAAGCUGUAAGUGGGUCAAAAUUGAUAAAACAAUAAAAAAGUCGAGUAUUGAUAGGAAGCAAUGAUGAAAACGUGGUGGGGCAGAUAAACUACAGACUAUGUAGUCUUAGAUUAUGCGUAUUUAUCAUUUUGACGAAGCGGCCUUAACUUGAAUUGUGAUUUUUUGUUGGAUAAGUUGUGAGAAUGCAAGUGUUUUAUUUUAUAAAACUAUUGCUGAAUACAAUUUUAGCUAGUAAACUAUCUUUCAAAUAAAAAAAUAUUUAAAAUAU